AUGCUAUUCCUGCUCGCCGCAUCGCCGCCGCCGCUCCGGCGCGCUCCGCCGGUCAUGCUAAGCUCCGCGACGACGGCCAAGUCGGCGCUGCGCGCUGCAUUGGCGGCCUCGGACGGAGAGCCCAAGGCUCCGGAGGUGCUGGCAGCCAUCACAGAGCUGGAGCCGUUUAGUAUACCCGAGCCGGCGCUAUCGCCGCUGUGGGCCGGCGACUGGCGGGUGAUCACCAAGCCCGACUUUCCUGACUCGCUUGGCCGGGACGCCGCCGGCCGUUACAAGUUCUCGCUCGGCCGGGCCUCGUUCAACAUGUUUGCACCGCAGAUGCUGCCGGUUGCCAUCGACUCGAUCCUCAACCCGUCGUCCGCGCCGGCUCCCGGCUCGCCCGGGGCAUACGAGGUGAUCGUCAAGUUGGACUUGCUGCUUCCCGACGCGUCGCCGCUGGCCGCAACCAUGGAGAACGUCGCUGAGUGCACGCCGGUCGACGGCAACCCGGGACGAAUGGCCGUCAAGUUCGGCGGCGGCUGCCUCAGGCCGGCGGACGGCGCACCCUCCGAGGCGUGGCGCGACACCUUUGCCGCGCCGGGCUCGAGCGCCGAUCUCUCGCGCAUGCAGCGCUUCCAGUUGUGGGUGGCGCGUCGGCUCUUCGGGCUGCGGCGAGCGGAGGAGGUCACCGCCGACGGCACCAUGACGUACGAGAUGCCCCGGGCGCCAGAGGGCUACCUCGACAUCCUCUUCCUCGACGAAGACCUGAGGGUGACGCGCGGCAACAGAGGCUCCAUCGUCAUCGCCGAGCGGCUGCCGGGCUGAUGCGCCGAGGGGCCAUGGGCGGAAGCGUGCAGCGUGUGGUACACGAAAAAAGGAAGAAGGCACAAACAGCGAAAAUGGGUAGAAUAUGUGGUUUUGCUUCGAUAAAUGUGGAGAAGCGACAAAA